AUGCAAAGAAAAACAUGUCAAAUCAUAUACCCUGACUCUACUGCUGCAGGUGACGAAGAGCGCCCCAAAUGUCGGCGAUGCCAGCUGAAGAAGCUUCCAUGCUCACGGCCAGUCAAAAAGACGGUCUUCAAGCAUGGAUCGGUUGCAAGUUUCUCCAAAGAUCAGCAAUGGGUCAAUAGUGAAGCUAGACAUUUCCGCUUUCACGCUCGUGGUGGCUCUGCUGCACGAGAACCCUUGACUCCAGAUCAAGGCUCGUCACCACCUUGGUCGACAAUUGCUGGACCGAGAGUAGUGUCGUCAGAAGGUCGUCCCCUAGAUGAAACCCAACCUACUCAGUCGUCACCAUCCCAUUCAUCCACCAGCUCUGCCAUGGACACAGACUUGCGCCCAAUCCUGGCCGAGGACUCUGGCUUUUUCCCAAACUUAAUGACAUCAGACAGCUUUAGCAGCGACCAAGGAUUGCGUCUUAAGCAGCCAGAAUCGCCAAGCACACAAGCGCCGUACUUGCCCUCCAUCAGUCAGCUUAACCCUGGCAUAUACGGAAACGGAAAGGGGAACCAGCGAGGACCUAGUCUCGCCCAAGCACUCUCCCAGGGGUCCCCCACUAUCCAAGCAUCGUCCAUACCAUGUAUGUCAGCCUCGGACGACACCAGACGAGUAUUUCCGUUAGAGGAUGUUCAAGAGGCAUGUCUUCUCAGGUACUACAUUGAAGAAAUAUCUCAUUGGUUUGACUUGUGUGAUGAGAGUCGGCACUUUCAUCUGGUUGUACCUACCAGGGCCAGGGACCACCCUCAUCUUCUAAACGCCAUUUUUGCAGUAGCUGCCCGUCACUUGAGCCGCUUGCCACAGUACAAGACUCCACAAGGCAUACUCUACCAUGGACAGCUUCUCCCCAACUUGGAUGAACACUCAGCCGUGGAAUAUAUGCUUCACUGCAUGCCCGCUCUCCGACAGUUUCACGACGCUAUGGAUGAUGACUAUCGUGAUAACGCUGUCUUGCGAAGCCCGCCGUCGCAAUCUGUCUUCGGCCGUCGCAGUUUGAUGCAAGCAGCUUAUUGGAUGGCUCUAAGACAAGAAAUCUACCAUUCCUUUACACGCCUUGAAGCUCCUCAGCUGAUUUUACCCCCGGAGUUUUGGCACAGUGCCUCCAGAGCAAACAAGACUGUAAUGCAUCUAGUUCAAGUAGCAAAAUGGAAGUGGGGAGAUGGCUCUGAAUAUGAAUGGGCGAGACUGAUGGAUCAGCACGAACAUCUUGAGAAGAAUAUUCUCUUCGAUAUUGAACCCAUUUACAAGAAGCCAGCUGACAAGUCCAAAGGCGAGAUCUUUCCCACUGUUUGGUAUCGAUCUAAUAUUGAAGUGACAAGCAUGCAGCUUGGUCUCUUAGCCAAAUCAGUACUGGUGGCCGAGAAUCCUCAACUUAGAGCACAUGCAGUUUCUCGAUCUAGUUGGAGACACGUCGAAAAUGACGUGAGACUCCUUUUACUCGAGCAGUGCGGGAUCGGCCUUUGCAACCCUGCGUCGCCGCCUGCUCUUGUUCAUGCUACGUUUGGAAUCCAGUUAUACGGGGAUUUCUUCACAGACCAGUAUGAGCGCCGGGCAAUCAGGAUGGUGGUGGAGAAGUACCGAGAUACCCAUGCUUGGCCCGUACAGCGGCUUUUAGACAUGUUCCGUUGA